AUGGCGUGGAAGAAAGUAAAUAAGAUUGUAAAGAAGGAAUGCAGUUCUUCGAAACAAGAUGCACCGAAAAAAUCGAACAGGAGAUCGAAGUGCGUAGUUGAAGAUACUUGCAAGUUCUGCAAAGAGACCUCGUUGAGAGAAGAUGAUCAAAUGGUCAUCUGUGAACACUGCGAGGAUUUUAUUUGCAUCAGCUCGGUGUUCCUCAUCCCGUACACGAUAAUGCUGUUCCUCGCUGGACUGCCCAUGUUCUUCAUGGAGCUGGCGUUGGGCCAGUACGUGGGGUUGGGCCCCAAUAUGCUCUUCCAGAACAUGGCGCCGCUCUUUUCAGGUCUGGGUAUUGGGAUGCCCAUCGUUUCUUUCUACUGCUGCGUCUACUUCGGGGUGAUCAUGGCCUGGUCUAUCUACUACACCUUCAGCUCAUUCACGGCCGAACUGCCCUGGGGCUCCUGUGAUAACGACUUCAAUACGCCAGAAUGCGCGACGGUGGAAGACGUUCGCAUGUGCGAGGAGAACAGCACGUAUUACUACGACCACUCCUGCCUCUCCCUUGAAAAAAUUUGCGGCCUGGAGGGCUACGACACGUACAACGACACCUUAUGUUACGACGCUAACACUACGACUACCUUAACCCCCGGGGAAGCUGUUCAUAGGAUGUCGUCAUCCGAGGACUUUUACAAGAACGGGGUGCUGGGGGCUUUAGACCCAUUACCGUGCGUCGUGCUCACCGUCAUACUCGGGUUCGGCCUGACGCUGGACGGCGCCACGGAGGGCAUCCAGUUCUACUUCCUUCAGCCUAACGUUACGAAGCUCCUCGAGAUUGAGGUCUGGACCGACGCUUCUACUCAGAUAUUCUACUCCCUCGGCGUAGCUUUCGGCUCCCUCAUCACACUCUCAUCAUACAACAAGUUCAACACCAACUGCAUGAGAGACGCGCUGGUGGUUGCCACGUGCAACUGUCUCACGUCGGUCUACGCGGGCUUCGCGCUGUUCAGCGUGCUGGGCGCUCUGGCCCACGAGCUGGACGUCCCCGUGUCGGAGGUCGUCACGUCUGGGUCUGGACUGGCCUUCAUCGCAGCCUCAGCUGUGCUGAACAUGCCUCCGCCGCAGCUGUGGUCGAUCCUGUUCUUCGUCAUGUUCAUCACGAUAGGCCUGUCGUCGCAGUUUGCGAUGGUGGAGACCGUAAACACGGCGCUGUACGACCAGUGGCCGGCCCUGCGACGCCACAAGCUGGCCGUGUCGCUGGCAGUGUGCUCGCUCAUGUUCGCCCUAGGGUCGCCCAUGUGCCUCCAGGGCGGAGUGUACAUCUUCGAGCUCUUUAACCUAUACUCCACAGGCGUGUCCGUGCUCGUCCUCGCCUUUGUCGAGGUCAUACUUGUGCACUACAUCUACGGCCACAGGAAAAUACUGCAGCACAUACAGGAUGAGAUGGGCAUACACAUCCCACUGCUGCUCAGGGGUUACUGGCACAUCACGUGGCUGCUGCUCACUCCCGCGUCUGUCUUGCUGAUCCUGGCGCUGUCGCUGGUGUUCUGGGUGCCCGCAUACUGGGGAGACUACCUGCUACCACAAGUCGCGCAGAUCCUGGGCUGGCUGAUAUGCCUGUCCUCGGUGGUCUGGCUGCCCCUCAUGGCCCUCGUGGUGGUGUGCAAGCAAGAAUACACGGGUAUGGC